CUGGAAUCUGGACCAGAUAAUAUUCGGUUUAGACUUUGAGUAUCUAAGUAAACCGAAACAAAAUCUAAAUAGACCGAAACAGAUACUUAAAGACUAGACCUUUCGGUUGCUCUCUUCUUGUCUUAAAACUUUUCACUUCAGCAACAAAACUACUUCCGUCGCCGCCAUUAUUCUCGUCGGCUGAUAACAACAGUUUAUCUCAGACGAGAAAUCAACGCCUGCGGAGAGAGAAUUAAUUAAUCUUUAUUUCUCUCAUCUAACAAAAUGGCAUCUUCUCUAUCACUUCAAUCCUCCUUCAUACCUUCCUUUGCUGAUUUCCCCGACCGUGUAAGGUUUGAUCAGUAAAAGCUCUCCCAACAGUGUUUCCAUUUUCAAGGUUCCAUCUUUGAACAAGAAGCAGAUCUUGAAUCGGAACCUGUUCAAGCUAAGCUGCGUGAUGGAGAAAAGUAUCGAUGGAAGUAGCCAUUCUGCAGUUAACACCACCCAAGAUUGCUUAAAUGCUGUUAAUGUCAAAGAAGAGGCUAGCAUCUCUACGUUACUGAUGAACUUGGAUAAUAAAUUUGAUCCCUUUGAUGCAAUGAGCACUCCGCUUUACCAAACAGCUACAUUUAAGCAGCCUUCUGCUAUUGAAAAUGGACCAUAUGAUUAUACAAGAAGUGGAAAUCCUACACGGGAUGCAUUGGAAAGUCUCCUUGCGAAGCUUGACAAGGCAGAUAGAUCAUUUUGCUUUACUAGUGGAAUGGCUGCUCUUGCUGCUGUUACCCACCUUCUCAAAGCUGGCGACGAGAUUGUUGCUGGAGAUGAUUUAUAUGGUGGCUCUGACAGAUUACUAUCCCAAGUAGUUCCAAGAUCCGGCGUUGUGGUUAAACGAGUAAACACAACUAGUUUAGAAGAGGUUGCUGCUGCUAUAGGUCCCCGGACAAAACUUGUGUGGGUUGAAUCUCCAACUAACCCCAGACAACAAAUCUCUGACAUACGAAAAAUAGCUGAGAUGGCUCAUGCUCAAGGUGCACUUAUGUUAGUGGACAACAGUAUUAUGUCACCGGUGCUCUCUCGGCCAUUAGAACUUGGAGCUGAUAUCGUGAUGCACUCGGCUACUAAGUUUAUUGCCGGACACAGUGAUUUGAUGGCGGGUGUGCUUUCUGUAAAAGGAGAAAAAUUGGCAAAGGAGUUGUAUUUCCUCCAAAACUCAGAAGGUUCCGGAUUAGCUCCUUUCGACUGUUGGCUUUGCCUACGAGGAAUCAAGACAAUGGCUUUACGUAUAGAAAAGCAACAGGAAAACGCACGGAAGAUCGCAAUGUACUUGUCUACUCAUCCAAGAGUGAAGAAAGUGUACUAUGCUGGUCUACCAGAUCAUCCUGGUCACCAUCUCCACUUCUCUCAGGCAAAGGGUGCAGGAUCAGUUUUUAGCUUCAUAACAGGAUCCGUAGCGCUAUCUAAGCAUCUUGUAGAAACCACCAAGUACUUCAGCAUUGCUGUCAGUUUUGGGAGUGUCAAGUCACUUAUAAGCAUGCCAUGCUUCAUGUCACAUGCAAGCAUACCUGCAGAAGUACGCGAGGCCAGAGGCUUGACGGAAGAUCUUGUCCGUAUAUCUGCAGGCAUUGAGGACGCUGAUGAUUUGAUCUCUGAUCUUGAUAUCGCCUUCAAAACCAGUCCCGUCUAGCUCCACUCUGAGAACAACAAAAAGAUCUCUUUUUCUAGUCUCGUUUUUGUGUGUGUUCCUUAGGUUCUUGAAGGAAGAAUCUGUGCAAGUAACCAGAAAACAUAGUUUGGUGUUUGAGAAUACAUCAAACAAAUAAACUUGUUAUUGCUAAACCUGUAUUCUGAGUUUGUAAUAGACUUCAAAUCCAACAUAAGCAUUAAAAAUUGUCUUGCAA